GCAGGACUGGCCGUAAUGAAGCGGCGGUUACCCAGACUCACGGCUGUGCCCCGAGGGGAGCCGGCGGGGUCCCGAGGCGGGGCCAACCGCCGCCACGUUCCGCCCCUCGGGGCGCGGCGAACGGCUCCGUCCCCGUGGCAACGGAGAGAGGUGCGCGCGCGGCCCGCGCGAGCUGGUGGCGGGGCGGCCAUGUCGCUGCUGUGCGGGUCCCGGCCGCGGCUCCGCGGCGCUGCCAGGAAGGGCACGAGGAAGGCGACGGCGGCCAAGCGGGAUUGGGACAGUACUGUCCAUGAUUUGACGGUUCACCGUGCAACUCCUGAGGACAUUCUGCGUCGCCAUGAAAUACACAAAUCAAAAAACAAAGUACUGGCGCAUCUGGAACUGCAAGAGAAGGCACUGAAAAGAAAAUGGAAGAAGCAAAAACAGCUGGCCCCUGAUUCUUUGGAGAGAAGGAAAUUGGCUCUGAUGCAUGAAAUUCUCUCUGAUCAGUACGAUUUGCAAGAUGUAUUGAAACGGUCUGAUCAGGUUAUGGCUGUGGCAAAAGACUUGUCUGGGAAUGCCCCUCGCACGCGAACAGGUUUCCCUAAUGUAACAAUGGCUCCUAACUGUGACUUAGAAUCUUCUCAGGGACCCAUACAAAAAUGUGAACCUCCCACUCAGCUUUCCAUCCUUAGUGAAUCUGUCAUGGAUUCCCAGGCUCUUAAUGAAGAGGCAGAGGAGGCAUUAUCUAUAUGCCAAUCAGAAAAUGGACAGCGUGAAUCUCUGAAUUUCAAAUCCAGUAUCAAUUGUGACAGACUACUGCGUAUAUUGAGAGAAGAAAAUUCCUCCACGAAUUCUCAGUUGUGGGCUGAAAGGGAAUUGAGAAAAACUACUGUAUCACAGGAAAUACCUUUGACUCCAACAAUUCUGUCUUCAUCACUGGAACAUUCAGCCCUCAAUGCUUCUGAUGUAGUCAAGAGAAUCCAUUCAGGACAUCAAGAUGAAGAGACUGUAGAUUCUGCUUGUACUGUGAGACAAGUGCUGAACCCAAACUCAAGAAAACAAAAGCAAAUUUCAGCAAAAAUGAAAAGAAAGCAAACUGCACAGAAUUCUGCAAGGCAGAGGAGAGAUGAUUCUCCUGCUAAUUCAAUCCCCGUGGACCUUCAGAGGGACAAUAAAUCCAGCCUAGAUGUUCUCAGCUGCAUGAUACACAAAGUGGAGCAUGAAUUAGAGGAAUAUGAGCGAUGUACGGGUCGUGAGGUUAAAAAAAUGCAGAAAAGUGAAGGCAUCACUGGAUUUACCUUGUCACUGGUGAAUGCUCUCUGUCGUUUGAUGCGCUACCUCAAAGAGAGUGAAAUGCAACUGCAUGAGAAAGAGAUGAUGAGGCAACAUCAUGAAGAGAUGUUAAAUGAGCACAGAGAACUAAUUGAUGCUCUGACUGCAGAAAUACUUCUAGUAAGGGAAGAAAACAUUGCUAUACAGAAAAAGCUUCAACAAUUCAUGAUCGAAACAGGUGAACAAAUGACCGCUCUCACACAAGCGUUUAAGGGCCUCCCUUUGGUAGAACCUAGAAGAGAAGGAAGUCUAAGCCAUUUUGGAAUUACAUACAAAAGUCCAUCAAACACCCACGAAAAACCUGCCUUGAGCUAUUUUGAACCCAGGACUGAUGAAGGCAACAGGGAGAAUGUGCUGAAAUUCCUACAGAAAGAACACCCUUUCAAGUUUCCACAGAGGCCAAGUGCCUCAGGUGAUGUGGCAGCAGGUAGAAGCUUGCCAGCUCACGUCUUCCAGCCAGCUGUACUGUUGUCACCGCCCCGGCAGAAGAACAGUCCAGAAUUGUCUCCCCUCCAGAAUGUAUUUACAAUGAUUUCUCAGUCUACUGAAGGUACUGAGAGAGAACCAUGCAAGGAAAGGAGCUCACCUUCCCCUCUCAGAACACGGAGCACAACUGAGGAAAACUGUCUCAUGUCUCAAAGGCAACCAAUUCCUCCUGCAGACAAAGACUUGCAGAGUUCCCAAGAGAAAAUCGGUUUGUCUUGCCUUGGUGAUGCUAGAAAAAAGGACACAUUUGGAGAGUUCUCUCAAAGCAGUGAUCUGCUGGGACAGGUAACUGAGCUCAUGCGGCAGAACUCAUUAAUUAAAGCUCAGCUGAGCAAAUUCAGAAGCUUCUCUGAAGACAUAAGUGACUGUCUGCCUCAGCCAGACCCAAUGCAAAAUUCAAAUUCUUGUCCAGACUCUUCACAAGGGCAGACUCAUCUUGUGGUACCGAAGAGCUUGGAGGAAAGAAUAGCAGAGCUGAAUCGUCAGAGCACAGAAGCACGUGAUAAACUGCUGCAGCUAAUAGACCAGCAGAAAUUAGCUGCUGCUGGUACAGUCUCUCAGAGAAUAUCUCCCGUUCUGCCCCCAUCCCGAAAUUACACUGAAAAUGCAAGGAGGACAAUUGAAGUGUCUGUUCCUGUUGGAAAGCAGCUUGCUCGGCAGCACGUAGCUACUGAUUUACUAAUGAUUUAUGAUGUAAUGAUGUAAUCCCUAGGUACGUGGAAUGUGGUGUUUCCAGUGUGUUCUAGUAUAUUUCAGCAUAUCCAUAGUAUUCUGUAUCCAUAGUGUUGUAGUUAACAACAUAUCCCAUAUAUGGAGAUUACUCGGGUAACGAUAUUGUUAGCGUGCGCGUUGCAUAGAGCUUGUAUCCCUGGACCCUGUAUCCCUGGAAGCAUAUACGCUAUAUAAGAUGGUGUGUUGUUACAAUAAAGUUGAAGCUGCAUAACCUCA